AUGGCUUCGACCGUCGCCGACCGCCUUCGUCACUGCAGAUCGCCGGACCAUCUCCACGCGCCCCCACGGCGAACCCUAGCCAUGCGGCUCGGUCGUCAACAACCCCGCUACGUCCUCCGGUUCCAUGGCUGCUCCAGCCCGACGCCUGCGACCACUCCAGGUUCUCCGUGUUCUCGCAGGAUCUGGUCUGGCUUCUCCAGAUCGACGGUGUGGUGGUGGUGCUGCUGCUCCACUACGCACCGCAGCACCAGUCGCCUCUCCGACGUCUACGAUCAGAAUUUUGAAGAUCAACUAGCUCACUGGACACAUCCCUUGUACAUUGUCCUGAAUUCCAAAUUUCGAAACCUUGUGAGGACCGCAUCAUACGAGACGACACAGGAAACCCUAACCCCUCCGGCGUCCUGCUCCUCUUCCUCCGACCGUCUCCAUGGACGCGAAGGACAUCCUCGGGCUCCAGAAGAACUCCUUCCCAUCGCCCAGGACAAGAAGCCGCGGGCGCCCAAGGAGCCGCGGCGCAAGCCCGAUGGCGUCUCGCGCGAGGUGUACGCACUCACCGGAGGGGUGGGAAUGGUGCUGCUCAUGCCGACCAUCGAGGCCUCGCACCUGAAGUGUCGGCCUGCUGUGGAGAAGGUGAAGCUAAUGGCUCUUCUGCUCUUGAGGCACACACUAACCAUCACUAGUAGCGAUGAUGAAGAUGAUGCUUCUGCUAUUUUCUCGUUAUUCCUUUUGAGGGCGGCUGGAUUUCUUCUACCAUGCUACAUCAUGGCCUGGGCUAUUAGUAUCAUGGUCAAAGACAAAGACAGUUGGAAACUAUUUGCUGCAGAAAUGUGCCUCUAG